UCAGCCCAGAGUAACGUCGUUGGUUGUCGUCGUUCCUUGUAGUCGGACGACGACAUUUGUUGUUUAUAGUAGAGUAGUAUCACGUUUUUACAUACCUUGUUUUCUCUUAUGUUCUUGUUUUCCUCCUUUUUUUUGCUCUUCAUUUUUCUUAGGACGUUUGGUUCCGCGGGAUACGCGCCAGUUUUGUCGAGAACGUCGGCAGAGACGACAGUCAUCAAGAGAAAUAUAUCAUCAUAUUUCCUGUAAAUUCAAUGAAUAAAAUUUCGGUGAUCUCUCGCGUCGCUUCUCCACGUUUAACUGCCUUGACCCCGAGACGAAAGGAAGAAUUGGUUUUGAAGAAAUAUUGGAAACAGGAACAACAUCUAGAAACGAUCCAUUCGUUUCAUUCGACCACGCUCUUUGUUUGUGCAGUGUCGCUGUUUGUUAGGUUAUACGUAUAAGCGUUCGUCUAUACAUCUCGUUCUCUGCUAUCGUCGGAAGUGUUCGCGCAUUGUGUACAGAAGUGGAUGGAGUGUCAUAGUGAAAACACGUAACACGGAUCAUAGAAUGGCACUGUCUUAUCUUCAAGAGGCGCAGAUUAAUGCAGUUGGACAACACCACGACAUGAAACAAGAAUCGGAGAAACAACCAUUGUCGUCACCGCUGAACAACACGUCGCAAGUGGUGUUCCCUGGAAUGGGUAACGCAUCGCCAGGUUUAUCUAUGCUCACACCUCAGCAAUUACUGGCUGCAAGUAGAACAGCAGCUCUGAUGGCUGCAGGGAUUCCCGUGUCAUUGCACGCGACAUUAGCCUCCAGCCCGUCUCUGUACGGACACCACCAAACUUUAUUCAAUGGUUGGGCUCCACCCACUGCAUCCUCACCUCCGUCGCCGCUUCACCACUCACCAGGAUCUGUCUCACCUGCGUUGAGCAGUAAAUCUACGUCCAAACGCGCCAAUAAUGGCGUCACAAAUAACAAUAACAAUGUUAACAGCGUAGUAAGUAGUAGUGGUGAUAAAAUCACGAAGAGAGGUCAGGCGACCAAGAGGAAAUUACAAAAGUCAAAAGUGGAUACUGUACAACAACCGUUAGAGGGCUCAGCGCCUUUAAGUCCACCAAGCUCAAUCAGUCCUGAAGCGGGUAAGGACGGAAGGGACAAGGUGUUCACCUGUGGAGUGUGCUCCAGAUCGUUUGGCUAUAAGCACGUGCUGCAGAACCACGAACGCACCCACACCGGUGAGAAACCUUUCGAGUGUCCGGAAUGUCACAAAAGAUUCACACGGGACCAUCAUCUAAAGACCCACAUGCGACUUCACACGGGCGAGAAGCCUUACCACUGUAGCCACUGUGAUCGCCAAUUCGUCCAAGUAGCCAACCUGCGUCGCCACUUGCGCGUGCACACUGGUGAACGUCCAUACGCGUGCGAGUUAUGUUCAGCCAAGUUCAGCGACUCGAAUCAACUAAAGGCUCAUCUGCUGAUCCACAAGGGCGAGAAACCGUUCGAGUGCGAGCAAUGUCAGAUGCGAUUCAGACGAAGGCACCACCUGAUACAUCACAAGUGUGGCACCAGUAUGAACUCUGGACAAGUAACGAGAACACAGGUUGCCUCUCCGUCAUUGGCAAGCGACGAUUUAGAAGAGGAUAUCGACAUUGAUAUCGACGUAGAAGUAGAGGAAGCCGAAGCAUCAUCAUUAGCCAGCAAAAAAACAAGUGCUUCUGUUAGACCUGUGCAUAAGUUCAGUAAUCAAUUAGCAAAUCCUAUCAUCGGCAAUUCUAUGCCUAUACCAUUGAAUUUAGCCGGUAUUCCUGUGGAUUUACCAGAGCAAACGGAACCAGAAGACUUAUCUAUGUCAACUGGUAUGCAUUCUCAGUGCAGACCACACUCUCAGUCAAAUAGCAUCAGUGACUCGCCAUUAAGUCAUAGCCCGAGCAGUGACAUCAUUCACGGAGAGGAUGAUGAUGACAUCGAUAUGGUGUCGGGAACGUCCAGCCCAAACGCUGUUUUUCUUCAAAGUCACCACAACAAAUACACGCACUUCGCAUCCCUUGGAAACACUGCCGCGGCUAAUGUCGGCCACGCGUCCUAGUGGAGUCUUUAGGGGUACGUAGACACAAUACUUGUAGAAAAGCCACCCUGUACUUUAUCUCGGUUCGACGCUUCUACCCAAGGAAAAACGCUACUCCAAGGUUUUUAGGGUGGGCAAAGGAAAAGAUAUAAGGGGAGAAAGAAAUAGAAAGAGAUCGUCAGAAGGGAGAAAAAUGGAGUUUCUCGUUUAUAUUGGAUAGCAAGGCGAAUCGAGUCCCGACAGGCUCACGAAUCGAAUUGAAUCCUCACACUGAAUCCUCCACGCACCGGUUCACAGUCACUAUUGUUAAGAUGCUUUUUAUAGAUAUAUAUAUUAUAUUAUUAUAGAUGAUUAUUAAUUAUUACUGUACCUAAACGAGGCAAGGGAGGAUGAAAGAUAGAGGUCGAAAAGCGUAUUGGCAGGUCUACGAGUAUCCUCCACGUAAAACGUGUAAUUUAUAAAAAUGGAACAAACAUUCAGGGACGUGAAUCUUUUUGGCAAUGAGAAAAAGAAGGAAAUGGAUUGAUAUUAUAUAUACGAGAGGAAAAGCAGCCAGGAUUUUCUUUUCUGAGCUGUUGGUUUAUUUCCUUCGUGUACAUAAUUACGCGACAACAAAGAAAUUGAAAGGUAAUUGUGUAUUUAGUUGGUCGCUGUAGUUUCGCGUGUUCCGUUUUUCAAUGAAAGCCGCGAUAAUGAGUUUAGAUAGAUAUUAAUUAUUACUUAGAUAGGUAUCUAUAAAAAUAUGAGAGACAGAAGCAAGUACAUGUGUCUCCGUUCGUGUAAAUGUGAGUGUGAUUGUGUUCGACACAUAUGUACAUAUGUGCACGUGAAUGAUUGGAGAGAGAAUCGAAAAAUAAAACUAGAAAUUACAGAAUGAAUGUACUGGUAUACAAGUUCCUCUGACAGUAAAAGUAGCGGGGGGGAGUGACAUCGGUUCGUCGGUCCUCUGUCGCUUUUGCACUUCACUGAUUUGUCAAGCUGUCGACACCAUUGUUCUUUUUUUUUUUAAUUCUUUUAUAUUUCUCAGUGUUCUUUGUCGAUCUUCAAUUUCUUGUCUUCCUUUCGUCUUUUUUUUUUUUUUUUUUUCUUGUAAGAAAUGUAACUUUAUGCAAUUUACAAGACGUUUAUACAAUGCGCUUUUUAAGUUAAUUUUGUCUGUAACGGUACCACACAAGUAAGUUACUUGAAGUACGUGUACGCGUGUAACUGAGAUGAUAAUAACUGUUAGCUAACUGAUGAUAACAUAACUGAUGAUAAUAACUCAUACCUUCCAACGGUAUCAGCAUGAUUUUUUGUUACGUAGCACCAAGAAUGAGCUCGAGAUGUCUUCUAUACUUACUGAUUUGCACCCUCAAACGUGUACAUCUAGCAUCAUGCCUUUCGCUAACGAGAUACUUCAUUUCAUAUUAAAGUUAGAGAAUUGUGACACAAAAGAUUGACUUCGAUAUAUUUAAAUAUUGCACUAUCAUUGCAUUUAAAUAUUAGAACACAUUUAACGCUAGAGUUUUAUUAAAAUUCAUGGAAUAUCAAUCGUUAUCUUCACAAGCUUUAUAUCUACAUACACUUCUUCGAUUCCCAAGUAACAAUUGAGAAAAUAGCCACAAAUUUUCGCACUAUGCGGCAAAUUAAAAGUCAUAGUAAUGUAAGUUAAGAUUUUAAGAAUUUGAAUUUAAUUUCUUAAAAAUCUUCUAAUUAAGUCUUUGGAUUUCUAUUCUUAAGAGUCAUCCGUCUAGCUUCACAAUAAACUAAAUUAAUAUAUGCUUUCAUAACUUAGAAAGAUGCAAUUUAGUUUUCAGUGACAAUAAAACUCUAUUUUAUGGAAAUGUAGCAGAAAUCACUCUACGUAUUCUUUUAUACACGAAUACACACAUCAGAGUUUAAAAAUCAUCUCGCAAGAGCGAAGAAUCAAAAAACCCGAAUCACCCUUGAUUUACAUUCGCCUUCGCAAAAAAUUCAACCCGUAAGACGAUCUUCCGACGUGAUUUCGAUUCGCAUUAAUCCGUACAAUGAUCGAAACCUGCGAGUGGAUCCUUGUACGAGAAUCCUUCGUUUCACGAAGGAUACGUGUUCUCUGUUCAUUCUCGUUGUACAAUCAGGGACCAUCUUUUCUUCUCCGAUUUCCAUCUUUUUUUCUAACAGGCAGCCGGUUGCUCGAAGGAGAACGAUCUUUUGUUGCUUAGACUACGGCGGCCGUCUGUUUCGCGCGAACCAGUUUUCGCAAUGAUACACACAGCCGCGUGCCGAAAAUUCGCAGCCGGUGGUCGUCUUCAAAACGAGAUAAAGCAUCCCUCCGUCGUCGACUUUCUAGCGGAUAGCCUAUGCCAACUUUGCCUCAAUGGUCCUCUGAUUUAUGUUCACCGGUCAGCAUGCAAAUUUCAUCGGUGUGUUUCGAGGCCAUUUCGGCUCAUUGUUCCAUGGGUCAGUCCUAGGACUCUUUUUGGGGACACGAGAAGUGGUCAUGGUAACGUCAUUCAUCCUCCCUCUUCCGGGUCUACUGGACCCCAUUUGUUGUUUCUGAAAUUGUAACGCCGAAGCCAAGUAAUAUAACACGAUGUACUCUGUAUACCGCUCGGCUUUUCGAUGACAUAAAAGGACAAGAGAAGUAGGUAUCCUCGUCUGCAUUUUCUGCAAGUGCCGCACGAAACACUGCCGGGGACACAAAUUGCCCUCGUUUCGCUUCCGUUCGAUUCGUAUGACCAUUUCGUAAGAGAAGGAACGAAAGAAGGCUCGGCUAGUGCGAAGAACAACUUCUUCACUAGGUGCUCGACUCUGUUUCGUUUAGGUCUUUAUUAAAUCUCGCGUUCACUUCAUUUUGUUUUAGGAUGCUGAAGAUAUCUCGUAAUUCAGAAUUAGCUUUUCGAUGAAUAACGUUAAUAGGGAUUUUUGAGUAAAUGAAUUAUUUUGAUCUAAAAAUACCAAAGUUUUCUUUCACUUCUCCUAGGAUAUAGACUAAGAUGUCUACGGGUUUAGAAAAUCGUCUUUUAAACCGAGUGCACAUUGAUACUCACUUUUAUAAUUUUUGCUUCUUUUCCAUAAAAAAGCUUGAAUCAUUGAAGAUAACAUUUGAAGAUAAUUUAGCAAAUUAAGAGUGAGAUUUUGAUUGAUAAUUCUACUAAGAGAUAAAAUUUACUGGUACAUUUGUUUUUGAAGGUGUGUCUUUAAUUUAAACUUUGAAUUGAAUCGAUUUUGUAUCAAUAUUUUAAAAUCAUAAUUAUCAACGAAACACGGUAAUUGACGAUCGAAGCGCAAAGCAAACAUAAACAGUUAACUGCAUCGACGUAGAAGAAAUAAGUUUGGAAAUUAAUCGGUGGACUUUCUCUUUUCGAAAGUGAAAAUAUAGCUGGGGUCGUACCGGGGAAACAGAAUCCAUAGCCGCUGCGUUACACUUUCGCCACAUUCUUUCCCAAAGGUCCCGACUCAUCCGCACUUCUCACUCGUUAUUCACGUUCCAAGCUUUCGAGGAACAUUUUCCAGCCCACUUGCCUCUUCCUCCCUCUUUGAGACCGCGCGUUUUCGCCCUUUUAUACACGUGUUACGAAGCAUCUCUCGAGCUCUUUCAAGCUAAACGUUUUGGUCGCUCAUUACACUGCUUCUACGUACCAAAAAUUUCCUUUCCUUUGGAAAUUAUAGAAAAAACUCACGACUUACACUACAGAGUGUAGAAGAAUGUAUAUGUAACCUAAGAACUUUCAAAUCGUUCAUUCUUUAUUUUUUAUUUUGCAUUGUAGUUCUGAGAUUAUUACGACACGCGUGACACAAAUUACGGUUGAGAGCAGACCGACGCGAUACUUCUCAUAUACAUUUUUUGAUAAAUGGUACUAUACAAUACAUUUCAUGGAUUUAUGUUUUUACCAUUAAUAUAUAAUUACAAUGGCACCGCGUUAUUCGUACACUUGGUUAAACUGCUCAGAAAGCAACCAAUUAUUUUACUGAACAAUUCGAGAAAAAAUAAGAAUGUUAAGUGUUAAAUGGAUCACAAAGUUCUUAAGUAAUAUUCCAUUUUUCUAAUGCUCUGUAAACGCAUCGGGUCGUUGACAAGUUAUAUAAAUGUCAUCUUUAAAUUACCUUCCUUUGAAUCUCAAUUUUUAUUCAAAUAAGACAAUUAUCGUAUUCAGAAUGUUUCAAAAACUUUUGAAAAGCGUAAGUGAGUAUGAGAUCGACACAUGUAUCCAAAAAAUGAAAUUUAGGAAUUUCCAAAAAGAUCGAGUUAAUCAAUGUCACUGCUACAAUCUAUUAAUUUUUGUCAUCCUAUAUUUGUUUAUAUAUCGUUUCGAAUGAAAUAGAAUGUUCCAUUUAUUUUGAAGAAAAGAUACUUUUCUUCUCCGUUUGUUCGUCCAUUAGUUCGUCUUUAAAUAGACGUCAAUUGAUUUCAACAUCGACAGCUAUUCGAGUAACAGCGACAGAGGUCAGUAAGCUCCGGCCUCGUACCCCGGAGAAAAGCAAAAACCACCCCGAAUCCCAGGUGUAUUAUAUAUUUAGAGAAACCCACCCUCAAAAUAAAGCGAUAUACAAGAUAAAAGAAUAUUAUAAAUUGCGUUUUUUCUUGUAAUAUACGAGCGUACCGUUAAUCCUUCGAUUCGCUUUUCGACUGAAUUUACCUGUAUAUUCAUUUAUCUAUAACAAACUGCAAAUUUUUAUAACGUACAAAGGUAUAAAUAUUGUUUAGAAUAUUUAGAAUUUACAAUGAUUUUCUCCUAUUUAGUUUUCAUUUUUGCAGCUCCCUUCAUAAAAGUAUAAAUUCGCAUGAAAGUUCGCAGCCUAGUAAUAAUAAUCUAUGGAUGAAAUGAAUCUAUGGAUGGACCAAUGUCGUUGUCAUUGAAAAUCAACGUGAGCUUUUAACUUAAUCAAACUAAUUACCGAAUCGUAUAACAGUCUGAAAAGCGAAUAUAAUAGUAAAAUAUUGUUGCAUAUAAAGAUUUAUGCUUGCAACAGUGACUUGUGAUGAUAAUAGCUAGAAAGAUAGUUUGUAUUAUAACUUGUUUUUGUUAAUGUGUUUUAUGAUGUGAAGUGGUUCAUUCUCUAUUAAUAGAGAAGGUAAAAAGGAAAAAUAAAAAGGUAAAAUAAUUCUUGGCUAAGAAUUCUCUCAUAUAUUGAAUUCCUUAAUUUCUUAUUAUGAGUCUAUUUCUAGAAAAAUAAUCUAAAACUGAAUUAAUCUAGUAUCAUUGAGAAAUUGCAUUUUAGUAAGAUCGUUUUUAAGUUAUACAUUAAUCAUCUAUGCUAAAGGUUAAUAUUAAAUUGAAAUAUUUCUUAGGAAACCUUUACAAUCACUAAAAUAGCUAUUUUAGUGAAAUCAUCUACACCACCUGCACACUAUUGAUCGUGUUAAAAUAAACGUAUACUAAACAUAGAUCCCACUAAACUACGCAGUAUCGCAAUAAUAUCAUGUUCCUCGUUUGAUUGCCAUUUGUUUUUCCUAUAAUUAUGUGCCAUUAAGUAGAUCAUAUAUUCGCAAAAGAGAAAUAGUCUUUCGGUAGUUAAAGCUAAGAGCACGGUACGCUCGUUGAUUCUGUUUUGCACGACAUCGAUCAGUUGUUUGAAAAAUCGAAUUUUAAAUAGAAGUUUAAUAACGUAACGAGAGGCAAACUACGCUCUAUCCUAGUUUUAUAUACAUCAUUCUGUAGAAUUUACGUCGUCGAAUAGAUAAAAUCCACGAAGCAAAUGGCGAAAAAUUGAUACCAUAAGAGGAAAGAGGAAACAGGAAAAGAAAUAAAGUAAAAUCGUAUGAUUCGUUCUUUUUUUUCUUCUUGCCAGUCAAUUUCCAUUCGUGGACGAUAGAUUCUACCCGACGACGAUUUCUGAAACACGGUACCUUGAAAGAGAUCGAUUCCUAGUUAAUGGUUGUUAGUUCCGAAUUGAUACUGGUGAAAUUACGUUCCUGUCGGCCCGCUAUAUAUCGGUUCAUAUAUACGGGCCAAUUGUUUUCUAUGUUUCUUUGUAAACAGACCAGAAUCACUGAAAAUAAUAGCCGAAAAUUAGACGAAAAGAACUAAUGGAUUAAAGAUAAAAACGGAAGUCUCGCAUCGAGUACCUAUUUGUAUUUAAAGAAAAAAAAUAGAAUUAUCGCUUGUCCUACCUACUGUCGUAAUAAUCAUUAUCGUUGUUGUCCUUUUAAUCUUAAUGUACAAGGGAAAAAAGAACAUACGUAUACAUACGAUUACUAUAUGUUUGUGUCAAAUUAUAACAUUAUAUCGAAUACGAUGUGUAUCGCAAAGAAAAAGUUUGGGACUCACGAGUUAGCGGAAGUGAAACUCGAAUACAAUGUACAUUAAUACGAGAAAUCAUACGAUAUUUAUCAUGACUAGAAAUUAAUCUGUAUAAUAUAAUCUUUAUUAGCGAUCAUGUAUAUCAUUAUCGAUUUAUCUACUAAACGCGUAGUAAUAUCUGUACAAUAUGACAAAUGAAAAAAUGUAAUAUUUAUUACUCAAUUGAGCAUGUCGGAGGGAAACGUAUUCGAGUCUGCGUCUGUCACUUCCGAUCGCUCGAAUACUCGAUUAAAAAUUAUGUACCUAUGGUGUAUACUUCUCUGUAUCUAUGUAACUAGAAUUAUACGUAUAUAGUUAUAAUUUUGUACAGUCAACGCAGACGCUAAUCACGUAUGCACGAGCCGGUCGAUCGUUCGCGCGUAAAUUCAAAUACGGUUAAUCGCGAUGUUCGUUAUUGCGGGUUGUUUAUUCUCUAUGGUGACCAAACGAACGUAAAUAUCGUCUCUAUACUUUCACCAUGUGAAAAUGCUUCGAACAACACAGGCGCGCGCGAACGUCGCCAUACACACGGUACAAAUUCAAAUUUUAUGCCUAUAAACUACUACUAUAAACGUUGAUUAACAGUGUUCCGCGGUAUUUACGGAUAGACGAUAUUCUCGCUACUCUAAUUAAACGAAGGCUACUUGAGAGUGGGCGCCCGAUCCACGUAUACCGUUCGAAAUGUCGAUCGCUGUGCACGUUUCUUACGGACAUUCUUUGAUCUUUGAUACGCCGAAAGAUGACGAACUCUUCGGAUCUGAUAUUGUUAAAUUACAGAUAAAUGUAAUAGUUGAGAUUUUGUUUCUAAUCUAUUUUCUAUUUGUACUAUAUCGCGUGUGAUAAAUAUCAACGAGGAUCAUUAGGUAAAUUGGUUUGGUGUCUUUAAAUAUAUCAGUAUCUAGUAGAUAACUAUUCUUUUGUUUUAUGAUAAUUUUAGAAAAAUACUACCUGUAACUUCGUUUGACUUUAUACAAUGAUUUUAACAAUGUAGUUCUAACGCAUGACAUCUAAAUCUACAUUGGAAUUUUUGUUCGACGAGUCACUGGAUUAAUUUACCUGUGUAAUAUAUACUCAAAGAACAAGUAACUCAACCCAAACUAUUGUAAAGUUUACCUAAUGAUACCAGCUUUAAAGUUAACAUUGUCCGCAGGCGUGUAUCCAAGGUAUACAAAGUUUCUCAAUGACAGCAAACAGUCUGCAGCCACCGUUCAUAAACAUCCUAUCCAAAUUACUAUAUCCUGUUUGUAUAUUGUAACGUCUUUCAACUAUAGUUAUAUUUACAACAUUUCCAAAUCUUUCCUAUUUUAUAUCAUAUUCGUUGCGUCAUUACACGAUGUAAUGUUAUUAUUGAUGUACAAUUUAUUCGUAGAAAUUUUACAGUGAUGACACUGUGCCAUUUGAUUGUUUCUUAUUUUUAGUAUUAGAAUCAUACAAUAGCAUGUAUGUAUUACAUCAAUAUACGUGUGCGCGCGUGCGCGUGUGUGUGUGUGUGUGUGUUACGUAUGUGUGGAAAUUGAAAGCUGUCGAAGCACAUAAUCUCGUUGCAAAAUUACGAUAUUUUGUCAUUUGUGUGCACGAAACUUUGCAGAGAUUUACUAACUCGAUUUAUCAGCCGUUUGUUAUAAAGAUUUUCUGUAAUAGAAAUUUUGCACGCGUAAACACAUGCCUGCAAACAAUGUUUGUAUUAACUGUACACGUCAUUGAAUAGAAGCGAGAAGAAGAUAAAAUUUGUUCGUUAAGAGACACGUUGUGUACAAUCGAUCGAAGAUUUCUUUUCUAAAAAAAAUAAAAAUAAAAAAUAAGAAAAAUAGAAAAAAAAGCAAAGACAAGUGGCGUAUCGGGGAAUCAAGUGGCACUCGAUGUAUACUAUGAAACUGACACUACCUCACCAGACACCUAAUAUAUCUGAACCACAAGACUGAUUUUUAAUAGUAUUCCUAAAUAGAUAAGAAAAGAAGGAAAAAAAAGAGAAACUAAAGUGGAAAGAAGUAAAAUAAAGAAAAGGGGAAGAAGAAACGGGAUAUUAUAAAGAAAGAUAUUGCGCGUACAAAUACGAAUAGACCGUUUUUUAAGUAAUAUAAUUAAUCAUAGUACUCUACCCGUAGUUAUUAUUAUUAAACAUUAUUAAUUAUUGUCAUUGUCAUGAUCAUACCGCGCUACUUCGCUGUCGAUCAUUGAAUUCCUACCUUGGAAAUAGGAAAACGAAAAAUGAAACAGAAAAACAGAUUCUUUGUAUUAUAAUGGCGUUUACUUGUAAUUUUAUCGAUCCUACCAAACCACACGAACCCCCUCUUCAACUCUCACCAAAAGUCUAUGCCGGAUUUCUCGCGAAUCAUACCGCAAACCACCGCCACUCAUUGUAAUGAAUGUUCCCAUCGAGUUGACGUCUGUCAAAAUAUUUUUAUUAUUAAAAACUCACUGUUUAAUCGUU